AUGGUUGUUGACGAAAGUAUGUCUUUCGUUACUGCUGGUGGAAAGGUACUUAAAUCGUCAGCUAAAGGAAAAUUGGAUUUGUAUAUUGGACAUAAUUAUAUAUUAACAAUUGAAAACGUUUAUUAUAUUGAUGAUCUCACCACAAAUCUUAUCUCUUUAAGUGACAUCACAAAGUUUGGACAUAGAGCCAUCUUCGAAGGCGUAAGCCUUAGUCUUGAAAAGGACAACUCUAAGCAUCUAAUUGUUGCUGAAUUUGAUCCGGAAACAAGAUUAUAUAUUGGUAUUUCAGGUAUAGUUCCUUCAUUGGUCGAAACCAAAGAAAGGAACAAGUGUGUGAAAAAUAAAACAAGAACAAAUUUGGAAUGUGAUAUUCUUGCUGUAAAGCAACUUGUUGAUUUAAAAUUUCCACAAUACAUAGCGAAUAGCAAUGACAAGAAAGAUCUUUUCUACUAUCACUUACAAACAAACCACAUGAGUUUGCGGGCAUUAGAUCAACUAAUUGAUCAAGGAAAAAUUUCUGCGAAACGGAACGGUCCAGAAGCAAGAAAUAAAGUACUGAAUUGCAUACAUUGUAAGGCAGUGAAUAGCAAAAAAGAUAUCACACAAUAG